AUGGCGCCAAAGGCAGAGAAGAAGCCCGCCGAGAAGAAGCCAGCGGAGGAGAAGAAAACCCCCGCCGCUGAGAAAGCACCGGCAGAGAAGAAGCCAAAGGCCGGAAAGAAACUGCCCAAGGAGGCCGGCGCUGCGGCCGGAGACAAGAAGAGGAAGAGAAACAAGAAGAGCGUUGAGACGUACAAGAUCUACAUCUUCAAGGUUUUGAAGCAGGUUCACCCCGACAUCGGUAUCUCCAGCAAAGCGAUGGGAAUCAUGAACAGUUUCAUCAACGAUAUUUUCGAGAAAUUGGCGCAGGAGAGUUCCAAGCUCGCAAGGUACAACAAGAAGCCUACGAUCACAUCCAGAGAGAUCCAAACUGCUGUAAGACUUGUACUUCCCGGUGAAUUGGCCAAACAUGCGGUGUCUGAGGGCACUAAGGCCGUGACCAAAUUCACAAGCUCUUGA